AUGUUGCCCUGGUCGCCGCCGCGGUGGGGCGCGGGCCUGGAGGAGGCGCCCGAGGGACCAGGCCUUGCGGUGGGCAAGGACCAGGGCGAGCCCUGGAGCUCCGGAGCGGACGCCCCCAGGGAGCUGGGGACACCCCCAUGGGAUAGCCCUUCCUGGACCCGGAGAGAGCAGCUGCUGCUGCCCCACCAUCCGCCAGGCCUGGCCACUGAGCAGCCCCCCGGAGCCCCAGAUCCCCGUUCCCCCCAGGUGGCCUGGGAGGUGGCCCCCUCGAGGAUGACUCCACUAGCGCCCUGGGACCCCAAGUACGAAGCCAAAGCAGGACCUCGGCUGGUGUGGGGGGCCAACUGUAGCUCAGGAGCCUCGUUCUCAGGCCGGACGCUGUGUCGCCUCUCGUUCUGGCCGCUGUAGGAGGCAGCCUCCGGCAGGGGUCUCAGGCCCGUGGCCCCUGCCACAGGGCAUUGGAAUGGACAGCAGGCGCCCCCGGAUGCAGGGUUCCCGGUGAUGUGCUGUGAAGACGUCUUCCUCUCGGACCCUCUGCUGCCCCGGGGGCAGCGUGUCCCCCUGUACCUGUCCAAGGUCCCCCAGCAGAUGAUGGGCUCCCUGAAACUGCUGCCGCCGCCCCCCAUCAUGUCUGCCAAGGUGCUCCCCCGCCUGUCACCCUCCCGGGACCCCUCCACUGCCUGGCUCAGCGGGCCGAAGCUGAUCGCUCUCACUGGCCUGCUGCAGAUGAGCCAGGGGGAGCCUAGACCCAGCUCCUCCGCGGCUGGCCCCCCAGACCCUACCUCUGACCCACUCAGCCCUUGUGGUAGCCCCAGCAGUUCUCAGGAUGCUGACCUCUCUCUCCCACAGACCCCAGACACGCAUUGUCCAUAGCCUUCUCGGG